GACUGUGUACCAAUCUGGCACAUAGAUGGCACAUGUGGAUGGGAGCCCUUGAUAUUGUCACUUUGACCUGCCCCAGAAUAGCCCUAACCUCUAACUGUGGCAGGCUACGUCCUACUCAGCCUCCCUGGGCUCCCCAUUGCUACCUGUUAUUUGGCUGGAAGAAGUGGGUGUGGUACCACCUUGCAGGGGACUGAUGGUGCCCUGUGCUGGGCCAGGCUUAUUGUGGCAGCUGCGGCCCAGUGAUGUGGAGGUGGAGCUUCUGGCACACACCCGGCAAGUGGUGAGCCAUGAUCUGGAGAAGGAGACUGGGAUGCACACAGGCUGGAUCCAGAAUGGCGGUCUCUUCAUCGCCUCUAACCGGCAGCGCUUAGAUGAGUACAAGAGGCUUAUGUCGCUAGGCAAGGCCUAUGGUGUGGAGUCCCAUGUGCUGAGCCCAGCAGAGACCAAGGAUCUGUAUCCACUGAUGAAUGUGGAUGACCUCUAUGGGACCCUGUAUGUGCCACAGGAUGGUACCAUGGACCCCGCUGGCACCUGCACUACCCUCACCAGGGCAGCAGUGGCUCGAGGAGCUCAG